AAAGACAUAUAAAUACAUACUCUGCGUACGUUUUGUUAUAUAAAUAGACGAUUAUAAAUAAAAAAACACACAUAGGAGUUGGAAAAUAAAAAGACUCUCAAUCUCCUUCUUGGUCGAUUCUAGGGUUUUGUUAUCUCCUUCACAGGUUCAGAGUUGUGAAUCGGUUACAAUGAAUGAUCGGAAGACUGUCGAUUUGGACCAUGGAUGGGAGUUUAUGCAGAGAGGGAUUACGAAGCUCAAGAGGAUCCUAGAAGGUCUUCCAGAGCCGCAGUUCAGCUCUGAGGACUACAUGAUGCUCUACACAACCAUCUAUAACAUGUGUACUCAGAAGCCUCCACAUGAUUAUUCUCAACAACUGUAUGACAAAUACCGUGAGGCCUUCCAGGAGUACAUAAGCUCAACUGUAUUGCCUUCUUUGCGAGAGAAACAUGAUGAAUUUAUGUUGAGAGAGCUUGUUAAUAGAUGGGUAAACCAUAAAGUCAUGGUGAGGUGGCUCUCUCGGUUCUUUCACUAUCUCGAUCGGUACUUCAUCGCAAGGAGGUCACUUCCAGGACUUAAUGAAGUUGGACUCACAUGUUUCCGGGAUCUGGUCUAUCAAGAGUUGAAAGGGAAAGUGAGGGACGCUGUCAUAUCUCUGAUUGAUCAAGAGCGUGAAGGGGAACAGAUUGACCGGGCUUUAUUGAAGAAUGUUUUAGAUAUAUAUGUAGAAAUAGGAAUGGGUCAAAUGGAUCAAUAUGAGAGUGACUUUGAAGAAGCCAUGCUUAAAGAUACUGCAGAAUACUAUUCACGAAAAGCUUCAAAUUGGAUCCUAGAAGAUUCUUGCCCUGAUUAUAUGUUAAAGGCAGAAGAGUGUCUGAGACGAGAGAAAGACAGGGUCUCUCACUACCUUCAUUUCAGUAGUGAGCCGAAAUUGCUUGAGAAAGUUCAAAACGAGCUGUUAUCUGUAUAUGCAACCCAACUGCUCGAGAAGGAGCAUUCUGGUUGUCACGCGUUGCUUAGGGAUGAUAAGGUGGAUGAUUUGUCUAGGAUGUACAGACUCUUCUCCAAGAUACCUAAAGGCUUAGAUCCUGUUUCGAAUAUUUUCAAGCAGCAUGUUACAAAUGAAGGCACAACAUUGGUAAAACAAGCGGAAGAUGCAGCAAGUAACAAGAAGGCAGAGAAGAGAGAUAUAGUUGGUCAACAAGAGCAGGUUUUUGUUAGGAAAAUAAUAGAAUUGCAUGACAAGUACCUUACCUAUGUGAAUGACUGUUUUGCGAAUCAUACUCUCUUCCACAAGGCUUUGAAGGAGGCUUUCGAAAUUUUCUGCAACAAGGGUGUUGCCGGAAGCUCUAAUGCUGAACUGCUUGCUACUUUCUGUGAUAAUAUUCUUAAAAAGGGUGGUACUGAGAAAUUAAGUGAUGAAGCCAUUGAGGAAACACUUGAGAAGGUAGUAAAGCUGCUUGCUUACAUUAGCGAUAAAGAUUUGUUUGCUGAGUUUUAUAGGAAAAAGCUUGCACGGAGACUUCUCUUUGACAAGAGUGCUAAUGAUGAGCAUGAGCGAAGUAUUUUGACCAAACUUAAGCAACAAUGUGGUGGUCAAUUCACAUCUAAGAUGGAGGGCAUGGUCACAGAUUUGACUUUAGCAAAGGAAAAUCAAUCCAGCUUCGAAGAAUACCUGGCAAAUAAUUCUAAUGUCAAUCCUGGCAUUGACUUGACUGUUACAGUUUUGACUACUGGCUUUUGGCCUAGUUACAAGUCCUUUGAUCUCAAUCUCCCAGCUGAGAUGGUCAAGUGCGUUGAAGUAUUUAGGGAAUUUUAUCAGACGAAAACGAAACAUAGAAAGCUCACAUGGAUUUAUUCUCUGGGUACCUGUAAUGUCCUUGGAAAGUUUGAACCCAAAACCAUAGAAUUGAUUGUCACGACCUACCAGGCAUCUGCUCUUCUGCUGUUCAAUUCUUCUGAUAGAUUGAGUUAUCAAGAAAUCAUGAGUCAGUUAAAUCUGUCUGAUGAUGAUGUUGUUCGCCUGCUUCAUUCUCUUUCGUGUGCAAAGUAUAAAAUUCUUACUAAAGAGCCAAACACCAAAACAAUUUCCCCCACUGAUUACUUUGAGUUCAACUCAAAGUUUACUGACAAAAUGAGGAGAAUCAAGAUUCCUUUACCUCCUGUUGAUGAGAAGAAAAAGGUUAUUGAAGAUGUUGACAAAGACAGGCGAUAUGCCAUUGAUGCCUCUAUUGUUCGCAUAAUGAAAAGUCGUAAAGUUUUGGGAUACCAGCAGUUGGUUAUGGAGUGUGUUGAGCAGUUGGGACGCAUGUUUAAGCCUGAUGUCAAAGCAAUUAAGAAGAGGAUUGAAGAUCUAAUAACACGUGAUUAUCUGGAAAGAGACAAGGACAAUGCCAACUUGUUUAGAUAUUUAGCUUGAUUUCUUGGUGUUUAAAUCCCAAACAGAUUUAUAACUCAACUCAGUUUGUGCUGGUUGACAUGCCAGAUACCAGCAUGAAACUAGUGAGCGGGCUAUAUAUGUUGGGGGUACACGGUCCUUGUGUUUUUUGUUUUUGACAAUUACUCAGGAAACUAUAAUGUUGAGAGUUCUUGUAUAUUUUAUCCCUAAACAUUAGGCGACUGAGGAUAGCUAAAUAGUAACAUCUAUGUUCAGUGUUGGAAAACCUUCCAUAUAUGUUAAUGCCAGAGCUGUCUUGACUGGGUUUGUUA